CUUUAUCUCACUCAAGUUUCCUUUUCAUUCUUUUUCUUUCUAAGUAAAUACGAGCAAUACCGUUUGGCCUUGAGGAACUUGAGAGAAUUUAAUCCUUGAGACAAAUAUGGCGGAAGACUCGUACGAGGAAGAGUGCGACUACUUGUUCAAGGCGGUGCUAAUCGGAGACUCAGCCGUCGGGAAAUCAAACCUCUUGUCAAGAUUUUCCAAGGACGAGUUCCGGCUUGACUCCAAACCAACCAUCGGAGUUGAGUUCGCUUACCGGAAUGUCCACGUUGGAGACAAAAUCAUCAAGGCUCAGAUUUGGGACACCGCCGGCCAAGAAAGAUUUAGAGCAAUUACAAGUUCGUACUACCGAGGAGCAUUAGGGGCAUUACUGAUUUACGACAUCACAAGACGAACAACGUUCGAAAACAUCAAGAAAUGGCUUUUUGAGCUGAGAGACUUUUCCAAUCCCGACACCGUUGUUGUCCUGGUCGGCAACAAAUCCGACCUCCGACAUUCUAGAGAAGUUGAAGAAGAUGAUGGUAAGAGUCUAGCUGAAUCAGAAGGUCUUUACUUCCUCGAGACUUCGGCUUUAGAGAACGUUAACGUCGAAGAAGCGUUUCUCGUGAUGAUUGGACGGAUACAUGAGGUUGUGACUCAGAGGAUCGCUUCGGAAAAUAAAUCCAACGGCGUUGCGACUGCUCAAGUUAACGGUAAUGGUACGGUCCUUCCCGUUGGUAAAGAAAUUGUGAAUAUCCACGAAGUCACUGCUACUCAACCGUUACGCUCUUCAUCCUAUAAUUGUUGUUACAAGUAAAUAAUUAAUUUCUGUAUUUUUUUCGCUAUUGAGCUUUUGGAAUGUUUUGAUGAUGUUUUUUCUUUGCUGCAUGUAGUCCUUGAAAUUUUGACUUGGUCACAGACAUGAAUUUUUUA